AUGAAUCGACCCAUUCACGUGCAGUUGAAGAACCCCUGUGUUGUGUGGCCGUGCGAUUCACAUUCUGACGUGGGCUUUGAGAUUACGGUGAGCGGGAUCAUGGUGAAAACUGAGCCUACAUUAGAGGCCGGUGCUGAGCUUAUGAAGGUUAUCGUUAUCACCUUCAGUGGGGUUGCCGUGUGUGCAAAUGCUGCUAAGGAGCAACCGCAAAAGAUUGUGGAAAUUGAUCAUCUCAGUAUGCGCAUGACCUCCGUGUACAGUUCUGCGGGUAUUCUCUGUCGCAAGAACGUUGCUAUUGUUUUUGACGGCGUAUCCUCGUUGUUUUUUGAUGAGGAUGCAUUGCGGUCUCUCACAAGGUGCGCCGUGAGCCAUGGGAUCAUGAAAGAGGUUCCCGAGUAUUGCCGUCCGUUUUAUAAGCUGCGUUCAUUGAGUUCACGUUGGUCCCACGCCAAAAGUUGUGUCUUCGCUUUUAUACGGGACAGGAGGGGGCGUUACAACUUUAAUUCGUUGCACCUUCACUUCUACGCCGAAGCCCGCACGUCGUAUCUUGCGCUCUUGGAUUACUGCCAUCGCACACGGGACAUUGCGGAAAGGAGGGAGCAAUUGGCCGAUAUUGAGGGUGAUAUUCGCUAUCGUGAUGUGGUGUUAUUUUUGAGGCGCAAGGUUCAAGAGAGAUACUCCACGACGGUACUUGCUGGCAGUACAGGGGCGGGUGUGACACCGCCGCCGACGCUGCCUUCAGAUGCUCGUGAAUUUGUUGUUGUCUUGUCUCUUCACGUGGACGCGAAAAUUACGUGCGUGUGGUUGCCUGCUGAAACAACGGUGUGGCUGCGUGAUGUCGCGUUUGUGAAGCGCCACGGGGAGUCCAAUUUUUCGGUUGGGAAUGUCACAUUGGUUGCGGGGGGAAAGUCUCAGCUGCUACGGGCGCCGGAUUCCGGGGAACCGUUUUUUUCUCUUCAGCAAACCGAAAGCAAUGGCAUGACUUUUGUCAGGACGACGUUAGAAGCGUUGCGUUUUAUCACCACAUCUAAUUGGAUGCUGCAAUUGGUUCAGCCUAUCAUGGUUGCCAUGCCACGCGUUCUGCGGGCGAUUCCAGAAACAAAUUGU